UGUAUUCAAUCAUUUGCAUCUCUCUUCUUUUUCAAUGAUAAUUUCUCUUUAUCGAGGACAAAGAACAGUGUGUAACAUAAUCUGGUGAUGGAGGAUGAAGGUUUUUCUACGUCUGAAGAUUUUGAGAAGACUCCCUAUUUUGAGCCUGAAGAUCAGAUUUAUGAAAGUGAUGGUUCUGAGCAAUCUGGCUCCAAGUUGUUGCCUGAAUUCGAUAUGCAGGAGCAAGGAAUUAUGGAUUCUUCUGAAAAUUCAAGCCCUUUAGGCUUGACACUGCGAAAAACGCCAUCUUUUGUUGAUCUAGUGCACAAGACACUCGCGAAAGGAAAGGAAAAAGUUCGUUCAAUGGAGAUGAAUCUUGAAUUAAAAAGCAAGAGUUCUCAAACCAAAAGGAAUAGCGAGAAAGUUAAGGCUUCAAAUUUCCCUGCGAAAUUGCUUCGAAUUGGAACAUGGCAGAGGAUGAAUACAUAUGAAGGGGAUCUGGUUGCGAAGAUAUACUACGCGAAACGAAAAAUUGUAUGGGAGAUUCUACAAAGACCGUUGAAGUGUAAGAUCGAAACACAGUGGUCUGAUAUUAUUGGGAUUCGGGCAAUUAUGCCUCCUAACAGAGAAGGAACUUUGGAAAUUGAGUUGGAUCAACCUCCAUUGUUCUACCGUGAAACCAAUCCCCAACCGCGAAAGCAUACCCUUUGGCAACAGUCGUCUGAUUUUACUGGAGGUCAAGCUUCAAUUUGGAGGAGACACUAUGUUCAAUUUGCACCGGGAAUCCUCGACAAACAUUUCCACAUGCUUUUGCAGUGUGAUGAACGAAUGUUCGCAUUGAGCCAUCAACCCUUUCCACGCCAAGAAUCUCCUUUCUUCGACUUAAAUAUUUUUGGAUGUUCGGAAUCCACCUUCAACAUCUAUGGACAUGGAUCUAGAUUUCUCCCCGGGAUGCAAUAUCCAUAUCAAGCUUAUCCCACAACAAUAAGAACGACGCCUCUUGUACAUCCUCUAAAUUCAACAUCAGUUAAGGAUUUCCAUAGAACAAUGUCAAACUAUCAAUUUUUGCCUCAAAACCAGACUAGUUGGGGGCAAGGAGGAAGUUUUCCUACAGCAGAAAAUAUUCAAGUUGCAGCACCUAUUAAUUCAGUAACACAAUUUGCCAAUCCGUUUUUCGCUCAUCAUUCACCGAAUUAUGUAGGAGAUUCCGGGAUAUCUAAUCCAAAUGCACGAGUUUUAAACGAUAUUGAGAAUCACCUGCUUGGAGAUUCUCAAGUUGUAUGUUGUGAUGAGACGAGCCUCAGUUCAAAAGUCAAGUCAAUGCAUUGGCUGCUCGAUCCACUGGAGGUGAAUUCUAACAAUGUAUUUGCUCCGAUAGACGCGAAUCCAUAUACUCAAGUGAUGCAGAGCGGCAUUGAGAAUACUAUAUCAGAUGGUUUCAAUCCACAGUGUAUAAGUUGGAUAUCUCAAUAUUCUAAUGAAAAUGUCAUGAUGCAGCCGGGAGUAAAUAACUCAGUUUAUCCAUUCGUGUUGGCAGGUUCGACCAAUGGAAAAUUUUCUUCUUCGAAUUCUAAUCCAGACAUCAAGAAAUGGACUUAACAUCUACGUAAGGAUUAGGAAAUUUAAAUCUUUCGUUUUAGGAGUUUUAGAAUUGUGUUUCCUUUGAAAUAUAUAUCUGGUAAUGCUUUGUAAAUUUCUUGAAAUAGUGGACUUUAACUAUGACAGCAGUUUAAGUUACCAA